AUGGAAAUAUCACACAAACGCCGUUGGGAACACUUCUUGAUUUUGGCCACAGCGUUGAUGUCACCUGCGUUCACAGUGCUGUGCAACGAGGUGCUGGGCCUGAAGGUGGCGGGCGACCCGGUGCUGACGCCCCACACCGUGUGUCUGCGGCUGGCUGGCCUGAGCAAGCGGCAGAUGCGUCUGUGCGUGCGCAGCCCCGACGUGACGGCCUCCGCCCUGCAGGGCCUCCAGGUGGCGCUGCACGAGUGCCAGCACCAGCUGCGUGACCAGCGCUGGAACUGCUCCACCCUGGAGCAGAGCGGCAAGCUGCCCCUGCACAGCGCCAUUCUGCACCGCGGGUUUCGCGAGAGCGCCUUCUCGCUGUCCCUGCUGGCGGCGGGCGUGGCCCACGCGGUGGCGGCGGCCUGCAGCCUGGGGAAGCUGCGCGGCUGCGGCUGCGAGGCCAAGCGCCGCCUGGACGAGGACAAGAUCCGCCUCAAACUGUCCCAGCUGCAGCUGCAGACCCUGCAGCGUGGGGCCCACGCCGCCUCCGUCCCGCCCCCCGCCCCCGGGGCCGCCGACAAGCUGGAGCUCUCCCCCGACUCACACCCGGAGGACCAGCCGCCCCCCACGCUGCAGGACACCUGGGAGUGGGGCGGGUGCAGCCACGACGCCCGCUUCGGGGAGCGCUUCUCCCGCGACUGGCUGGACUCCCGCGAGUCCCCGCUGCGCGACAUCCACGCCCGCAUGAGGGUCCACAACAACCGCGUGGGCCGGCAGGUUGUGACAGACAACAUGAAGAGGAAGUGUAAGUGUCACGGCACGUCGGGGAGCUGCCAGUUCAAGACCUGCUGGUACGUGUCCCCCGAGUUCCGGCUGGUGGGGUCCCUGCUGCGGCAGAAGUUCCUGUCGGCCAUCUUCAUCAACUCGCAGAACAAGAACAGCGGCGUCUUCAACUCUCGCGCCCGGGGCGAGGCCGGGGGGGCGGAGCCGCGGUCGUCCCCGGCGGCGGGGGCCAGGGGCCGGCGGCGCGGCGUGUCACGGGAGCUGGUGUACUUCGAGAAGUCGCCCGACUUCUGCGAGCGGGAGCCGGCGGUGGACUCCCCGGGCACGAGGGGGCGCGUCUGCAACAAGACCAGCCCGCGCAUGGACGGCUGCGGCUCGCUGUGCUGCGGUCGCGGACACAACGUGCUGAAGCAGACGCGCAGCCAGCGCUGCCACUGCCGCUUCCACUGGUGCUGCUACGUGCUCUGCGACGAGUGCCGCGUCACCCAGUGGGUCAACGUCUGCAAGUGA